GGCAUGACAGCAAAGAUGGCGGCGCCUAUGAGCAACGUGGAUGAAAUUCGUGAUAGGGCAAUACUUGGUGAAUUUGGCGUAAAAAAUGUCCAUUCUACAGAUUAUCCUGGGAAUUAUCCCGGUUACGAUGACACUUGGGACUUUGAAAAAUUCAAAAAGAAUUUCAGGAUUGAUAUUGUUCAUUUGGAUGAGAACACGUUGGAGUUUGAUAUGGUUGGAAUGGACGCUUCCAUCGCUAAUGCUUUUCGCCGUAUAUUACUGGCCGAGGUCCCAACAAUGGCAAUUGAAAAAGUGUUCAUUUACAACAACACGUCCAUAAUUCAGGAUGAGAUCCUAGCACAUAGACUUGGUCUUGUGCCCAUUAAAGCGGAUCCUCGUCUUUUUGAGUACCGGAAUGCGGAGGAUGAGGAAGGCACAGAAAUCGACACAAUCCAGCUUCAGCUAAAGGUCAAAUGCACCAGGAAUCCUCGAGCCCCAAAAGACUCUUCAGAUCCCAAGGAAUUAUAUCUCAAUCAUAUGGUCUACUCUGGUGACAUAAAAUGGGUUCCAGUUGGAAACCAGGCUGAUGUGUUCGCAGAUGCCAAAAUUGGCCCUGUGCAUGAGGACAUUUUGCUUGCACAGCUCCGCCCAGGACAGGAACUUGAUAUAGUCAUGCACUGUGUCAAAGGAAUAGGCAAGGAUCAUGCAAAGUUUUCUCCAGUGGCCACUGCAAGUUACAGACUUCUUCCUGAAAUCACAUUGUUACAGAGCAUUGAGGGAGAAAAGGCUGAGAGGUUAAAGCGCUGCUUCUCACCUGGAGUUAUUGAACUAGAGAAUGUCAAUGGAAAGCAAGUGGCAAAGGUGGUUAACAGUCGUUUGGACACAUGCAGCAGAGAAGUACUUCGGCACGAUGACUUAAAGAAUUUGGUGAAACUUGGCAGAGUGCGGGAUCAUUUCAUAUGUGUGUUCACAGCAAAGGUCUCAGUUGAGUCUACGGGAAUCCUGCCUCCUGAUGUCCUGGUUAGUGAGGCCAUUAAUGUGCUCAUUGCUAAGUGCCAGAAAUUUCUAGCAGAGCUUGAUGCAACAGAAAUGGACUAGAUGGAGUGUGAUUGGCAUUAUUUCCCUCUAGUUACUACCUGGAAUGAAAAGGAUCCUAUAUCUUUGGAAUUAAAUUGUGUCAUUGGCUGCCUGAAAUUGUACAUGUCUUGCAUUCUAAAGCUUUGACUUAAAGAUUCCCUUGAAAAGUGUGAAUUCAUACAAAUUCCUUAGCAGCAAGAGUUAAAAAAAAGCAAACAACAAAAAUCAAGCACGGAAUCUUGUUUAUUCAUCUGCUCAUUUCAAGGCCAAAACCUUACGACAGCCUUAUUUAUGUUUAUUUCGAAACAUAAACUUGUUCCUGAAUGGAUCCAAGCAGAGUUUCUUAUUUUUAGUUUCAUCUCAGGACCACCUGAGAGGACUUUAUAAUAAAAAAGUUAUGUUGUAAAUUUCAUUUUUGACAUGCCAAAGUUUUGAAAUAUUUAUGUUAAUCCAUGCGUAUUAAACCUUUGUUAUUGGCAAAGAGACAAACUUGUUUAUGAAUUCUUGUC